GCCUACGCUGUGGAGUCGCCAGGUCUGGAGAGGGUUAGCGCAGUCGCGCGUGAGCAGUGGUGUGGCGGCCAUCAUGUCGCGGGAGUUCGAGCUGUGCCCUGGGCGCCGCGUUGGCGGCGAGCAGCCGUGUUUCAUCAUCGCAGAGAUCGGGCAGAACCACCAGGGCGACCUGGCCCUCGCCAAGCGCAUGAUCCGCAUGGCCAAGGACUGUGGAGCAGACUGUGCUAAGUUCCAGAAGAGCGAACUGGAGUACAAAUUCAACAAGAAAGCCUUAGAGAGGCCCUAUACCUCUAAACACUCAUGGGGAAAGACUUACGGAGAGCACAAGCGCCACUUGGAGUUUAGUCAUGACCAAUAUAGAGAGCUAAAGAAAUACGCAGAGGACAUUGGCAUUUUCUUCACAGCUUCUGGCAUGGAUGAGAUGGCUAUGGAAUUUCUACAUGAACUGGAUGUUCCGUUUUUCAAAGUAGGAUCAGGAGAUACAAACAAUUUUCUGUACUUGGAAAAGACUGCAAAGAAAGGUCGUCCGAUGGUGAUUUCCAGUGGGAUGCAGUCAAUGAACACAAUGCAUCAGGUUUAUCAGAUUGUAAAGCCCAUCAAUCCAAACUUCUGCUUCCUGCAAUGCACCAGUGCAUACCCACUUCAGCCAGAGGAUGUCAAUCUCCGUGUUAUACUGGCAUAUCAGUCAGCUUUUCCUGAUAUCCCCAUUGGCUAUUCGGGGCAUGAAACUGGCAUAGCCAUUUCAGUGGCAGCUGUUGCUAUGGGUGCUAAAGUAGUGGAACGCCACGUGACUCUCAACAAAACAUGGAAAGGAAGUGACCACCAAGCAUCCCUGGAGCCAAAUGAACUGGCGGAGUUAGUGAAAGCCAUUCGUACUGUGGAAAAAGCAAUGGGUUCUCCAAUCAAACAACUCUUGCCUUGUGAAAUGGCUUGCAGUGAAAAGCUGGGAAAGUCUGUUGUGGCAAAAGUGUCAAUUCCUGAAGGUGCAGUACUGACACUUGACAUGCUUACAGUGAAGGUGGGAGAGCCUAAGGGAUUUCCCCCAGAAGCCAUCUUUGAUCUGGUGGGCCAGAAGGUUAAAAAAAAUGUUGAAGAAGAUGAAACUAUCACUGAGCAAGCAGUGGAAGAUCCUCUCAAAAAAGUGAAGUGCUAAACCAAAGCACUCCGUCCAUAUUUCAUGAUGUAGUACUGCACUAUGGCACAAAUAUUUAAGUAUAGCGGCAUGGUAAAUUAAGGGGUGUAAUUAUGAGGAUCCAAGCGGUUAAAAUUUUCAGAUUCUUAUUAGCAGGAAGUUUCUGAAGUAAGUGUCUAUAAAUUACAAAGAGCAAUUUUUUUUAGAAACUGAAUAGCCUUGUGUCUAGAAAAUAUACUCCUCCUUUCUCUAUUCCACUUAACCUAGAUUAACUUGGAGUGUUGUCAAAUCUAAGUCUGCUGCUUUCCAAAAGCUUCCCUUUUCUGGUAAGAAUAUAGUAAAUCACAACAAUUUUAUCUAUACUUUGAAGUGUUCUAACCCUGUAUCUUUUGAUGUUCCUGUCUUUUCUGCUGUGUUUUCCUCACAUCUGUGUUAACAGGAUGCUGGUUGCAAUUGAAUGCAGAUAAGUGAAAGAUCACAUAACACUGAACAGAAAACUAUACGUACAACCUGAUGGAUUUUUCUCAAGAUGAAAGCCUUAAGAUAAAAAGUCUCAAGAUAAAGCGGUGGGUUUCAGGAAUCUGCACUCUGGGCAAAAUGAGAACCUAGUUUUCUCAAGCUCAAGAGGCAGUACAAAGAAAGGAAGAAAAUUGGAUAUGUAGAAAGGUCCCAAGGUGCAAGAGAAAGAGCCUCAUUGUACUUUUUGUGAACUGAAAGGCAAGAGGACAAGCCAGACAGAUUAAAGGGGGAAAACUAGAUCUGAGAUGGAUCAGUGGUUAAGUUAAUAAACUUAAUCUAUGCUUCAAAAUUCAGAAAAAUAUCAAAAGUAUCUGUUGUGAGGUGAAUGAAGCCUGGAAUCUUAAUUCUGCAGUGCAUUUGGAUACCUCUAUUUGUUCGUAGGGGCAGCUUCUCAAGUAGGAAGCCAGAUGCUGGUGAAGAUUCAGCAACCUCUUUCCUGUACUAACAAGCAAAUACAUUGGGUUGGGACACUAGUGUUUGAGACAGCUGAGGCUGUCUGCUUGACUGUCAAUGUUCCUCUUGUGUGCUCUGCCCUUGCAUCACAGUUUCUCAUUUUUCAAGUGAGAAAUGCAGUCCCAAUCCUGUCAGACUGCUGGUCUUCCCUUUGUCCAGGAAGAAGCCAUAUAGCAGCAGCUGCAAACCAAGCAUUCCUCAUUUAGUUUCAUUAACACAAAACUACUUCAGUGUAACUUAACUGCAUUUUUCUGUUGUGGAAUUAUUUACUAGCGAUGGUUAUUUGGAACUUGCUACCUCUUGGUGACGAGUUGGUGAAGUAUCUUGAAUUUGGUAGUGGUGUUUCUGUACCUGUGAGUUGUUUACUUUCAAAAUGUUUACCCUUCUUCAAUUCAUAGGAAACUCUAUUCAUAUCUUUAAACUGGGAAGAAGAGAUUCUUUAAAUCAUGUGCUUGAUCCUAUGUGAGUUCUGAUUGAUUGCAGUAUGCUUGCCUUACACUGA